AUGGUGUAUUAUCUGCUCGGUGUCGGCGCCGGCGGUCGCUGCCACUGCCCGCCCAUCCUCCUCCACCGCCGCGCCCCGCUGGCGACGGCGGCCACCCCGCUCCGUCGCCAGCCCCUGCUCCAGCUCCGCCCGCUCGCCUCCUUGGCCAGACGGCGGACACGGUGCCGCUGCCACACCGUCGACCUCAAGGAGGACGACGGUUUCCUCACCCUCGACCUAGAGGACUUCGAGGGGCUCGCCGACGAGGAGGCGGAGGAGGGCCCGUCGCCGUGGGAGGGCGUGGUGGUGUACCAGCGCGACGCGGCGGUGCAGCACAUCGAGUACGCCACCACCCUGGAGCGCCUCGGCCUGGCCGACCUCUCGUCCCAGCACUCCCUCGCACGCGCCGCGGCCAUGGGCAUCGCCAGCCCCAGGCCACCGCGGGGCAGCGCCGAGGACACGACCAUGACGUCGCCCGUGCUGGUCUCCUUAGACGUGACCCGGCGCCGUGGGCGGCUCCGUCUGGAUGGCAUCCUGCGCACCGUCAUCACCCUCGGCUGCUACCGGUGA